CAAACCGCGAACCACGCCUCCCCCAAAUUCCCACUUGAUACGGAUACUCACCCCUCCUAGCCUGAGCCUCUGAACCGUGGCAGUGGCAGUGGCAGUGGCAGUGGCCCAGCAGCCCAGUUCUAUUUUCUCACUCCUUCCCACCUAUUUCCCCCUCUUGCUCGUUUUUUUUCCCUUUUCCCUUCCCGCCCUCGUCUUGUCAAGCGUCACGCCCACCCCGCCGAACCGUCGCAGCAGCUGAGUCGUUCGUUCUUUGAGUACUGGAUCCUCAUCAAGUCCUCAGUCCUCAGCCCUCAAAGUCCCGUUUUGACGGGUUUUGUUGCCUGUCUACUAGCCUGCCAGCCAAUCAGACUGCUGAGUGACUGACUUGGACGGCCAUCAUCCCGCAGCCGAUUACCUACUACCACCAAAACCACUACCACACCAACCGCAACCUUACCACCAACUUGCUGGAACCGCAACGCAACGCACCGCACCGCACCGCACCGCACGGCUGCCGACGCCUGCAACCCAAACCGAUAUACCCUCUGCUCGUCCUGCCCACCUGGGCCCUCGCUCCUCUCCCCUCUCUUCUUCCUCCCCCAUAUUCCCUUAUGAGCUUUUCCAACUCCCGCCUGAAAGGCUUUGGUUUCGGUAAACGCAAGUCAACUGCCAGUAUCCAAACGCCCGAUCCGAACCACACUUCCAGCCCGACCCCUCCUCCCCAGGCCGGUCACCCUUCCGGUGCCCCUCAAAUACCGCAGCAGCUUCCCAUCCGACCAGGUUCCAUCGCCUCGACCUCGUCCGCCUCAAUCGCCCCCAUGAAUCACCCAGGCUCCGGCAACCGCCCUCCGAGCUAUUCGGCCAACUUUCCUCCCGGCGCUCCUCCCCCCAUGGGCCGUACGAGUCCCAUGACCGGUCAAGGCCCGGCCCGCACUCCUCCCAGCCAGAUGGUCGGCGGUCCCCCGCCCAUCAACACUGGCGCUCCCGUCGCUGGUUACCCGCCUCAGCUGCCUCCCAUCGGUGGCCAAGGCCAUCCCAUGGGCGGUCCUCCUCAGUACGGCGGCGGCGGCGGUGGUGGUGGCGGCUACCCUCCUCCGGGCCCUCCUCAAGGCCAGCCCUUGGCGCAAUACCAGCGUGGAGGCAACGCCGCCGAGGUUGAGGGCAACAGCAGGAACAAGGCCCAGCUGAUUGUCGGUAUCGAUUUUGGUACGACUUUCUCGGGUGUUGCCUUUGCAUUCGCCACAAACAACGAAGCCAAAGAGGACAUCAUUACGGAAUGGCCUGGUGCCGGAUCAUACACGAAGCAAAAGAUCCCCACCGUCCUCUAUUACGAUCAAUACCAGAAGGUUGUUGGCUGGGGACCCGAUAUUGCCGAUGCCCUUGCGCCUACUGGAUACCCGAAGCCCGGCGUGCAAAAGGUCGAAUGGUUCAAGCUGCAGCUCAUGUUGUCCGGCAACACAUACAUCGACCCCAUCAACCUGCCCCCUCUGCCGCCCGGAAAGUCCGAGAUCGAUGUCGCCGCCGACUACCUCUUCAAGCUCCGCCAGGCGAUGCGCUCUGCGCUGCAGAAGACUCUCGGUGAGGUCUUUAACCGUGAGGAACGCAACAUUCGCUACUACCUGACGGUGCCCGCCAUCUGGAACGAUGCCGGCAAGGCUGCGACCAGAGCUGCUGCCAUCCAGGCCGGCUUCCUCCGAGACGAGAAUGAUAACCGGUUGACGCUGGUCUCCGAGCCCGAGGCGGCCGCCAUUUUCUGUUCCAAGACGGGUCUUCUAAACCUUAAGGUGCACGACGCCGUGCUGAUUGUCGAUUGCGGUGGUGGCACUGUUGAUUUGAUCGCGUACGAGGUUGAGGAAGAGAACCCUUUCACGGUGGCUGAGUGCACGGCAGGAUCCGGUGACUCGUGCGGCUCGACGGCGCUGAACCGCAACUUCAGCAACAUCUUGCGCACCAAGAUCCGCAAGAUGAAGCUGCCCGACGGAUCCAAGACAGCCGGGCGCGUCUACGCCAAGUGCAUCAUGGACUUUGAGAACCGCAUCAAGGCCGACUUCCGCAAUAACGGUCAGAAGUGGGCUGUCGACGUGGGUAUCGAGGCCGAGUUCCCCGAGGCCGGCAUCGAGGAGGGUUACAUGACCUUCACCAACGAGGAAAUUCUGCAGUGCUUCGAGCCCGUCGUCAACCGCAUUCUCGAGCUCGUCCGAAACCAGAUCAUUGCCAUUCAGGCGCAGAACCGCACACUGCAGAACAUCCUCGUCGUCGGUGGUUUUGGUGCAUCGGAGUACCUCUUUCAGCAGAUCAAGCUCCACGUCCCCCCUCAAUUCCAGUCCAAGGUCGUUCGUCCCAUGGACUCGGUCGCCGCCAUCGUCAAGGGCGCCGUCACGGCCGGUAUUACCGAGCGCGUCGUCACCCACCGCGUCGCGCGUCGCCACUACCUCAUGGCCACCCUGCAGCCCUUCAAGGAGGGCUACCACCCGGAGGCGUACCGCGUGCCGUCCCUCGACGGCAAGGACCGUUGCAAGUUCACGCGGCAGAUCUUUGUGCAGAAGGGCCAGAAGGUCAAGAUUGGCGAGCCCGUCAAGGUCUCGUUUUUCCGACAAGUCGCCCCCGGCGCUACGCUUAUGUAUGAAGAUAUUCUGUACGCCUGCGACGACGACGUCUGCCCGGAGUACACCAAGGACCCUCGCAUCAAGGAAGUGGUCACCCUCACCUCGGACCUGUCCCGCAAGAACCUCGAGAAGGACUUUGAGAGAAUGGACACGCCACAAGGCACGUUCUACCGUGUCUACUUUGACAUUUACCUGACGCUUGACGGAUCCGAGUUCAGCGCAGAGCUCGUCUGCCAGGGCGAGGUUAUGGGCCGCUGCAGAGCGCGCUUCAGGUAAA